AUGUCCACAUUUGGUCUCAGUAUCAAUGCUAAUAGGUUAAGUGACUGCUAUGAUGAUUUUUCCAACCCAAUCAAAGCACCGUGGGGGAUCAAAGCUUUCACAGGAUAUCUUGGAGGGGACCAGUCUAAAUGGCAGGAGUAUGAUGCCACAAAACUGGUGAAGAAGUACACUGGUCCUGCCCUUAACAUGCUUGUUGACCAGGAAAAGGCAGACAACUUCUAUGUGGAAGGACAACUCCUGCCUGACAAUCUGUCAGCUGAAUGUGCGUCCAACAAUGUGCCAAUCAAUCUGAGGAUACAUGAGAUAACCUUAGAAUUCUUUGACAAACAAUCAUGCACAUUGGGUUAUGACCAUAGCUACUAUUUCAUCGCCACAUUCAUAGAGGAACACAUCAACCACCACGCCAAGUUUCUCUUCCAGUGAAUGACAAUGCAAUACCAACAGCAGUUGCAUAAGCUGCACUGACUUGAUUUUAAUUUUAUCCAGCCUCUGUUUAAACAUUGGCCAAAUUAAGCAGGGUCGAAUAAACUUCCCUACAGUAUCUUCGGUCAACAGGAAGUAGUGUAUUCAUACGCACGCUGUGACGAUUCACAUGUUCUAAUAUUUGACCUUUGAAAUUUAUUGGGACACAUCAUGAAUGUUAACGUUAUAUUGUAUAUCCUCCUUUUUUUCUUCUUUAAAAUAUAUUACCGAGCCAGCUUUCCGUAUUUAUCAUUUUCAUUAUACUUGAUUACGCAAUUUAUGACGUAUCUAGUGCGACGUCAUUUCUCUGACGAAACAUAGUUAU